CUUAACUAAUAACAAGAGUUGUUUGAAUGCCAACGUAUCAAUAGCACAAACAGAAGGGAAAAGAAAACAGCAAAACAGCACAGGGUUUAUAAAUUUUUAACCCAUUUGGAAGAUGAUCUUGUGGGAUUGCAGCUCAACUUGACAAUUUCUCCAGAUUUGCAUCAUUAUUUUCCCAUAAAAGGAUUUCUGAUAUGAGGGUUGGUAUUAUUUUUUUUAAAAUGAUUAAAAAGUAAUAAAAAAAUCGCCGAGUUCCACAGCUCGAUUUGAUGAUAGACGUGCCAGUCCAAAAGUGGACUUCAAUAUCCUAUUCGGAGAAUCAGAGAGCGGUCAAAACUCAAAAACUGUGUAAUGGCUGGUGCUGCUGCCUUGAAAGCUAGCUUUUUCCUCCAGCUUAGGCCAAAACCCGACCCCCAUUCUCCAUCGUUUUCACAAAGAAUCAAUCUUUCAAUUGGGAAUAGAAGAUUCAAGCCUGCCAUGGCGGCCCUCAGCACUGUCCCAGCCGUUGGAAUAUCUGAAACUUUCUCUAGAUUGAAAGAACAAGGCAAAGUGGCUUUAAUACCGUAUAUCACUGCCGGGGAUCCAGACCUUUCAACCACAGCGGACGCUUUAAAGUUGCUUGAUGCGUGUGGCGCUGAUAUUAUUGAGUUAGGUGUACCUUAUUCUGAUCCUUUGGCCGAUGGCCCAGUUAUACAGGCUGCGGCAACAAGGUCACUAGCAAGGGGGACAAAUUUCGAUAAAAUUAUCUCCAUGUUGAAGGGUGUUGUACCUCAGUUAUCUUGUCCGAUUGCAUUGUUCACAUACUAUAACCCAAUACUUAAGCGUGGUAUUGAAAAGUUCAUGGCCACUGUCAGAGAUGCCGGAGUACAUGGAAUUGUAGUUCCAGAAAUUCCUUUGGAGGAGACUGGAGCUUUGAGAAAGGAAGCUGCCAAGUGUAAUCUUGAAUUGGUUCUGCUGACGACUCCUACUACUCCACCUGCUCGAAUGAAAGCUAUUGCCGAAGCUACAGAGGGAUUUCUCUACCUUGUGAGUUCAGUUGGAGUCACAGGCGCUCGUGCAAAUGUGAAUGAACUUGUGCAGUCUCUUCUGAGAGACAUUAAAGAGGCAUCAAACAAGCCAGUGGCAGUUGGUUUCGGCAUAUCAAAACCAGAGCAUGUGAAACAGGUGGCUGGAUGGGGAGCAGAUGGGGUGAUUGUUGGUAGCGCCAUGGUACGAAUACUUGGCGAGGCUAAAUCUCCAGAAGAAGGCUUGAAAGAACUGGAAACCUUCACCAAGUCCCUGAAAGCUACUUUGUUGUGAUGAAGCAAAUGAUACAUCAGAUUGCGGCCAUCUUGUGGUUUUUUCUUGAUUGAAUCGGAGAGAAUUGUGGCCAAAGUUGUGUUUUUUGUUCUGACAUUUUGACUUGCAGAGACAAAUGAUGGGGGUGGUUCAAAGUUCAAAUACACCAGAAUACUAGUUUUAGCUCUGAGCCUCUAGGUGCUACUGGUUUUGCUUCUACCACAUUUGGAACAAAAUUACUGGUUCUAUAUCUCCCACAUGUGGUCAUUAGUUUUAAAUGCUAUGAACACUUAGAAAACAAAAUAAGCACUGCCUUUAGUUUGGGUUCAAUGUUUUGAAAUUAAAACUAGAACCAAAAUGAAAACAAAAACGUUAUUCCCUUGUCUCCACGGCAAUAAACGCAAUUGGGAAGCAGCUUUUUGAGGGAAUUUGCGCAUCUUCAACAAAAC